AUGAAAUCAUUGUUCUUGUGUCUCGUUCUUAUUGUUUUGUUACACUUAGAAAAAACAAAUCAAGUCAUUCUUAAAACAUCGCUUAAAGCAGAGAAAAUUUUAGUGAAAAUACAUUUGAAUGAAACAUAUUGUACCUGGUUUUUCCAACCGCCAUGGAAACUGCGUAAUGAUCUCUUCAAUGACAAGCCGUACAAUAAUUCAGUUGAGUACUUCGGUAUUAGUCAAAGAGAUCCCAUAAACAAUGAAUCUUUUGUUGAAAGUUCAAAGAUAAAUGCAUGCAAUGAAAUUAAUAUUACAUUCUAUUCUAAAGUAAGUCAAACAUCCAUCGAUUCCAGGCUUCAUGUUCUUUUACACAAUCAAAACAAAUGGGAUUAUAUAUGGAAUUAUGUGGCUGUUGAUACGCAAUGGAACUAUCAUCAACUUAGUAUCAACUUGAUCAAUCAAAGUGAAGAAUACGUUCGAUUCCGAUUCAUACCUAGUCUAAAGACAUCUCGCCGGAUUUCGAUGGCUAUUGCUGUACUCAACAUAAGCACAUUUACAAAUUGUCAUACCGACAAAUUACAAUGGACGAGUCAAGCAUCCGCCAAAAGCAAUACAAUUAAACAAUCAUCUUUCUUGAUUCUUUUUGGUGGCAUUGUUUUACUUGUCUGUACAGCGAUAGCCGUCUUAUUUAUCUAUAGUAUUAUUGAGAAACAAUGUAAUAAGCUGACUCAAAGACGAACAACGCAACGUCAACAAAAAGCUCGUAGAACGAAAAAUGCCAUUAGAGAUGAAUCAACUGUACUUAGUCUGACGACUCAUCCUGUAUGA